AUGACAGCCAUGCUGAGCCCAAAGAUCAGACAAACCAGGAGAGCCAGGUCAAAGAGCAUGGUGAUGGGCGAGGUGUCCCGAGGCCCAUGCCGGCCGGCCUCCCCGAGCCUCCAGGAAGGGGCGCUGAAAGCUGGCUGGCUGAAGAAGCAGCGCAGCAUCAUGAAGAACUGGCAGCUGCGCUGGUUUGUGCUGCGCUCGGAUCAGCUCUUCUUCUACAAAGACGAGGAAGAAACCAAACCACAGGGCUGUAUACCUCUGCAGGGAUGCCAGGUCAACGAACUCACAGCUAAUCCGGACGAACCAGGAAGACACCUUUUUGAGAUUGUACCAGGUGGAACAGGAGAGAAGGACCGGGCUCCAAUCAGCCAUGAGUCCUUCCUGCUCAUGGCAAACUCCCAGACGGACAUGGAUGACUGGGUCAAGGCCAUACGGCGGGUCAUCUGGGCGCCAUUUGGAGGAGGGAUCUUUGGUCAGCGUUUAGAGGACACCGUGCAGUAUGAGAAGAAGUUUGGCCCCCGGCUGGCCCCCUUGCUGGUGGAGCAGUGUGUGGACUUCAUCAGGGACAGGGGUUUGGACGAGGAGGGUCUCUUUCGGAUGCCAGGACAGGCCAACCUGGUGAAGGAGCUGCAGGAGGCCUUCGACUGCGGAGACAAGCCUCAGUUCGACAGUAAUACGGACGUCCACACGGUGGCAUCCUUGCUGAAGUUGUACCUGCGAGAGCUGCCUGAACCAGUCAUUCCCUUCUCCAAAUAUGAAGACUUUCUGACCUGUGCACAGCUUUUGGCCAAAGAUGAGGAGGAUGGGGUCCAGGAGCUUGGACGGCAAGUUAACACUCUACCUCUACCUAACUACAAUCUCCUCACGUACAUAUGCAAAUUCCUCGAUGAGGUCCAGUCCCACUCCAUUGAGAACAAAAUGAGCGUCCAGAACCUUGCCACAGUAUUUGGACCAAAUAUCCUUCGACCCAAGAUGGAGGACCCGCUCACGAUCAUGGAAGGCACCUCUCUGGUCCAGCACCUGAUGACAAUCCUCAUUAGGGAACACAACCGUUUUUACUCAGGGAGGGACCAGGAGGCAUACAAUGUUCCCCAAACAGAGCUCCCCCUCCCGGGGCAUCAGCUCCAGCAUCGCAGCCUGGGAGCCUGGAUCUCAGAGGAGGACCUCCAGACCUGCCCGGUGUCCAACCCCGACCAAGAACUGGACAGCAGUGCCUCAUCUCUGGAUGCCAAACUGUGCGCAGCCGUCACUCCCACCCAGACCCCGAACCUGAACCCUGGACCAAAACUGGGAUCUCCAUCAGGGAAAGGAGAGAUUGUGGUCAGCCCGAGUAAACAAGCCAAGACCAUACCCUCCUGGAAGUACUCUUUCAAAAGCUCCUCAGCACCUCGUUCCCAGCUGCAGGGCAAGCCCAGCAACAGCGGCAGCUCUGUGGCUGAUGUUGCUAGUGUGUCUUCUGGUGGAGGUGGAGGUGGAGGUGGAGGAAACUGGCUCAUGAAUGGUUUGUCCUCCUUGAGGGGACACCGGCGCACGUCGUCCGGCGAGCGGUCGGCCCGUGAUCGCGACUCCACGGGCUCCUCACAGAGACUGUCCACCUACGACAACGUCACCUCUUCCUCCAGCAUGGGGAGCGUUCCAAGUGUCGCUAGCACGCCUUGGUCCACCUCCUCCUGCGAGAUCUCCGUCCAAGACUCGGGAAGUGAACCCUCACCCAACUGCGGAGCAGGGGGUGAAAGUGGGGGGACAGGAGAGUGGAUGGAGAGCCAGAGGGAGAUGGACAGAGGAAGGGAUGAAGGGGCGACGACAGACCCGAGCUCUGAGCAGGACAGCUGUGAGGCCAUGGAGCUGUGCAGCAGCAGCGUGGCCUGCAGCGAGAAUGGAAACGUGGCCAUGGCGGCCGGGGUGCCGUCCAUUAUCACAUCAGAGGACGGAGACGGGACAAUGACGCUGAGCAGUCUGGUGGAAGGACUGCAGGACGAGUUGAGGAUGCAGAAGACUACAUACGAGGCCAGGAUCCAGAAGCUGGAGGAGUCCAGUGCUGCUCUGUGUGCACAGAUGGAGCGUUUGGAACAAGAGAUGGAGCAGGAAAGGAAGAAGCAACGCAUGCUGGAGAUCAAACUACGGAACUCGGAGCGGGCGAGGGAGGAUGCAGAAAACCGCAACCGCCUUCUGGAGAAGGAGAUGGAGGAUUUCUUUUCCACGCUGGGAGAUCUGGCCCUGGGUGCGAGGACUAGUGAUAUUUGA